CUUUUGGAAACGUCCAAGAGUCUGCGGCGGCCGGCGUCCCAUACACGAGCACCAGACCGCCACAGUGAUCCGUGCCGUCGACAACAAUCGCGCACACACCACACACGCACACGCAAGAUUUUUGUCAAUCGGUCUUAGUUCGACAAAUAUUACGUCGCUCAUUCACGUCGAAUUUUAAUAUACCGACUCGCGACAUCGAUUUCGACGGUCCGAAGACUAUAUUAUUAUUAUUAGGUGUAGCUGGUGCGCGGUUCCGAGAUGCCCAAGUACACAGCCGCAGAAAUGGCUUCGUUCGAAGAAGGUUUCUUGAAUUAUAAGCCACCGAUGCUUCCAGAUGAAUUAAGUCACCUUCCGGAUCGAAUCUCUAAGAGUUUUGUUGGUAAAACCAUUUUUAUUACCGGUGGAUCGGGAUUUCUUGGAAAGGUUUUAGUCGAAAAGCUUUUAAGGAAAUGUCCAGACAUCGGAAGAAUUUAUUUGCUACUCCGAACAAAAAAAGGUAGCAAUCCUAAACAAAGAGUGGAAACUAUUUUCUCAUCCGUGUUAUUCGACCAUCUGAAGGAAUUACGGGGUGUGGAAGUGUUAAAUAAAGUAUACCCGAUCGCCGGUGACGUGAGUGAACCAAAUUUAGCCAUCAAUGAGUCGGACCGGCGUUUGUUGGCGGACACCGUGCAAAUCGUUUAUCAUGCCGCGGCUACCAUUCGGUUCGACGAGGCAUUGAAGAAAGCCGUCUUGCUCAAUACUAGAGGCACGAAAAUGGUAUUGGAAUUGGCCAAGGAAAUGAAAAAUUUGCUGGUGUUUGUGCACGUGUCGACUUCUUACUGCCAUUUGGAAGAAAAAGUGUUAUUCGAAAAAGCGUAUCCGCCGCCAGCCGAUCCGCAUAAAAUAAUCCAAAGUAUGGAAAUGUUGGACGAACCGUUUGUUGAAACGAUAUCUAAAGAGAUUCUCGGAAGUUUUCCAAACUCAUAUGCGUUCACGAAAUGUCUUUCUGAACAUUUAGUGGUGGAGCAAAUUGAAGCCGGAUUGCCUUGUAUAAUCGCUCGCCCAUCCAUUGUCAUACCGAUAUGGAAGGAGCCUCUCCCAGGAUGGACAGACAAUAUCAAUGGACCUACGGGCUUGCUGAUAGGUGCCGGUAAAGGAGUCAUCCGUACAAUGUUCUGCCACAACCAAGGUUACGCUGAUUAUCUACCAGUCGAUAUAACCGUCAAUGGCAUAAUACUUUUCACAUGGAACUAUAUAGACAACAAUGAUAACACCAGAACAAUUUGCCACUUAACUUCCAGCCAAGAAUGGAGAGUAACAUGGCAAGAAAUUAUUGACAUUGGAAAGAGUAUCGUCACUACUGAAGUACCUUUGAACGGCGCAGUUUGGUAUCCUGGUGGUAGUAUGAAGAGUAGUAAGCUGGUACAUAAUAUAUGUGUGUUUUUUUUACACACUAUACCAGCUUACUUUUUAGAUGCUGUUAUUUAUUUGUCUGGCAACAAACCAUGUCUGGUGCGUAUUCAAGACAGAAUUAACAAAGGAUUUGAGGUGUUUGAAUACUACGCAAACAACCAAUGGGAAUUUAGAAACGAGCAUGUCCAUUAUAUGAGAAGAAUUAUGAACCAACGAGAGAAGUUUGAGUACAAGGUUGAUGGAAACGAUAUGGACAUUAGAAAUUACUUCAGAGAUUGUAUUAUGGCUGCUCGAAUUUAUAUUUUAAAAGAAACUCCAGACACACUACCUAGAGCUAGAAUUCAUAUGAAAAUAAUGUACUUUGUUGACAUAAUUGCCAAAAUAUUAUUAUUCGGUUUACUGUUAUGGACUAUAUUCAAAUGGUCUGAUACAAUUAUAGCAAUUGGACUGUUAUUAUUUAAUCUUGUACGGUUAUUCUUCAAGUCAAUUUUUUCAGCAAUCAACAGUGACACUACCGUUGGACCGAUAUUGAACAAAGAACUUUAAUAUUUCUUCGUGCGUUAUUUUUGUCUUGUUUUAACGAUAGUAAAUUAUCCUAAUUUAUAAUCUUUUCGUAUAAAAAAAAACAUAAAAAUCAAAUUCAAAAUAAUGCAUGUACACAUCCACCAUUUUCAAAACUGAUAAAUCAUUCGAACUUUUGCUUAUUUUUAAUUAUAUUUUAAAACUUUUUACAUUAAAAUUCAACAUGGUUUAAUUAUAUUGUUAGUUAUAUUUUUAAGUUAAAAAUUAUUUUAUGAUAUUUUUCUAUUAUUUGAAAUAAAUAUAUAUAUAUUUUAUUAUUACAGUAGAAAAGAUUCUAACAGUAUUAUUAGAACUUCUUUAUAUAUAUUUGUUUAAUAAGAGUACCUACAACUACAGUUUAUUAUAACUUUUUAAUUCACAACUGAUUUUGUUAUUUUUUUUUUUUUAUAAAAAUAUAUAAUAUAUAGGUAUAUGUAUUUUAAUUUUAGAGAACAUUAUUAUGGUAUUAUAAAUAUUAUACAAAAUUACACAUAUACAACUUUUUCC